AAGAUUACUCGAAAACACUUGCGAUGAUGGUACAUUGCGUAGGUGGGCUUUUCAACAUGGCGGUUUUAAAGCAAUAAUAAUCCAUUGUACUAUUUUCGCGCUCGUGAAUUGAACGGCGAGAAAACUGCGCAACGCAUUACUUCUAGCAUUGCGCAGACGGAAUUCCAUCAAUUACACUCAAUAAAAAUGGUGGAUACUGAAAAGGAGGAGGCGCACAAUCUCCAAAUGGAGUUUGAAUGGGUGCUUCGCGAGGAAGUACAUUCGUCGCUGUCCCAGUUGCGCAACAUUUUAAUGGACUGCGCACAGAGGUUUCCGCUGGCAUUAUUCGGAAAUGAUCAGCCAUACAAGACGGACAGAUUCGUGUUUACAGCGCCGCACGAUCAAGUGAAAUGCGUCAUAGUUUUGACAGGGGACAGUAUUACAAAUGCGGAGGUCAAUAUCAAGGUUCAGCGUCAACAGAAUACCAACAUGAGAACCAGCAUACAGAACGAUCAUCCUUGGAAACUCCAACAAAUUCAAGACGCGGCCAAUCAUUUGCAGCAGGCUAUCGCUCACAUAGACAACGUCGAUCGUCACUAUCUUUUUAAAACUUCUGACGAGGUUAUGCACAUAUUGGGAAAUAUCUUGGGAUGCCUUCAGCGAAGUCGAACCAGCCUUAUUGUACCACGAAAGAAAACUAUAGACGAUCUCAUCAAAAGUCGCAACAUGAGAUCGUUGAAUCCGAUUUUACCAGACAAUUUAGCGAUCAGUUUUUAUAUACAAAGCUACAAGUUAGUUCUAGCUGUUUAUCAAUUGGAAAAUGCCCACGGUAGCGUCAAGUACGAGACACAUCAGGCUGAGUGUAGUGUACCGUGGUUAAAUGAAGCAUUGGUUCUACUUACCAUAGCUCUACAGCUGUGCCAAAGAUUGAAGGAUAAGAUCUGCGUUUUCUCCCAGUACAAGGAUUUUACAGUCGGAUCCAGAGUACCAUCUGCAAUGGAUUGGUAACAUUGACGAGAGUCCUGUUGAGUUGAAUGUGUUUCAAAUAUCAAUUUUAUCCAUUGAGCUUGCUACAAACCUGACGGCUUGAAUUAUUCAAGCUAUCGUUUCUACACGUCGCGUGUUUCGGUACGUUGAAAAAACCAAUAUUUAAAUUUUAGGAAAGCCGUACAUUCUUAUUUAAUUUCACUUUUCUUACGAUACUUACGAUUUUCUCAACUCUCAUCACCUCGCACACAUUUAUUUGAAAACAUGUAACGUACAUUUGUUUUAUAUAUUUUUUUCUGUUUCUUCAUUUUUAAACAAAUUAUCCAACGCUUUAGUCCCGCCGAAUUUUAUAAACUUUUUCUUUAGAUUUGUUUCUGUUAUAUCUAUCGCAGAGUUUAUGCAAUGAAUUAAUUUUUAUUUAUCAGUAUUUUUUUUUCAAAUCCACGGAAAGCCCGCUUAUUCGUAACGAUUUGUUACUUAUAAAUACGAUACCCUAUUUGUAAAUUAUAUGUUACCAGAUUAUAACUAAAAAGUUGUUGGUAGUGUGGCUAGAAUUGUUAUAGAAUAAUAAUAAUAAUAAUAAUAAUAAAAACAACAACAACAACAACAACAACAAAAAUAAUAAUAAUGAUGGUAAUCGCCCAUUUUUGCACUAUAAACUUGAAUCGGAUACGAAAAAUAAUAAUUGAAAGAAAAAACUAAUACCAGUAACAUAGGUAAUUUUAAAUAAAUAUUGAUGGAAACAAAAAUGCAGGAAAUGAAUAUUAAUGGUCAUUCGAGAAUAGGAUGAGAAAAAAUUUGUAAAAGAAUGCAAUUAGUCCUUGACUCCAUGUUGCGAAUCGUGAUUGGAAUUUCAGAGGCAACGAACUAAAGCCUGUAUGUUCAUAGCGACGGUCUCAAGAGAUUGCACCGAUGAAAAGAAGUGUAGAUACUUGGCCAAUUAUCUACGUGCCUCGUGUAACCGUUUAAUUUUAACAGUAUUGUAUUUAAGUAUCGGUUUCGACGUUAGUCUACAAUAAUAAUGUGUAAUGAUAAAAGUAAAAUUGGUCAUAGGCAUAAUAUUAAUUGCAAACCAAGAAACUAGUGAAAAAAAAAAAAAAUAACCGAUCCAAAUUAUAGUAGUUAGUGAAUUGUAAAUGUCAACUUGAAGUAAUAUGUAAUUGAACUGUUGUUAAAUUUUAAUUCGUUAUAGGUAUCUUAAUACUAUGGUAUACGCACGAAUAAUUGCGUAACGUCACGAUUGAUUUCAGAGAAUGAAACCGACGCGCCUAUACCCGUAUAUGCAUACAUGCAUAUGUAAAACUUAUUUAAUUUUUUGUAAAUAGUAUCAUGAUUAUCGUAAUAUGUUAUAGCAGUUAUUGCGCGAUCAUUGUUAUUCAGCUAUAAAUGUAAUAAUUAACGCGGUAUGUGAGAGAUUUUACUUACUAUUAUAUAUAGCCUGAAAUAGACGAUGAUUUGUAAUGUAAUUUUUCGGCACUGCAAAACCUACAAGAAUGCCGGGAAAUGAAGCAACAAGGCGCGAAUUGAGUUUUUCGAUAUUAUUAAACGGAAUUCUUAAACCGCAAGUUUAAAUUUUCUAAUAAUUCUUCUGCUAGGGUGAUUUUUGUUCAUAUAAAUUUAAUAACUAAUUGUAAGUGUACAGUUACAGUACACACCUCACCGUUAUGUACGUAAAACUUGACAAUUAAAACGAAUUUGUGUGGAUUUUAAUCAAUGCCUGCAUAAUGUUGCAUUUCGCAUUCUUGUAUUACCGUCUUAUUAUUAUUACUAUUCUUUCAGCACGUAUCUUUGAAUAUCUUCAUUGAAUUUUAGGAAUUAUGCUAAAAAAUAUUUUUAAAAAAAUAACGACAACCACGCGCAUCAGGUUUUACGCAUCCGCAAAUUGUUAAUAACGCACGGUCGAAACUGAAACGAAUGCAGUUUAUGGGUCCUGACAAUAAAAUUAUUACAGUGUGUUUGAUGUGGUGGUUGCAAAGAGGUCGGCCACAAUGUUUAUUGCGUUUGAAUAAAACGUUAACCACCCUUAUAACUGCACUUUAUACGUAUAAGUCUCAGAGAUGUUGAGUGACUCUAAACAACUCUCUACAUCUCCCGCGUGUAGACAAAUCGCGUUUCCAUUGUAGUUUGUAUUUUAGAAAGAACCAAACUAAGAUAGUCCAAUUUGAGUGUAUUUAUUGUUAUGUGGAACAGUUUUCGAAGCAAUAAACUGUACAAGUUAAUCGAAA